AUGUUACGGAAAUUUAUUACUUUAACAACAACUCUUGUUUUAUUUACAAUCAGCUAUAGUUCAGCAGCUAAUUGGGCAGUACUGGUUGCUGGUUCUAAUGGUUGGUAUAAUUAUCGUCAUCAAGCCGAUGUUUGUCAUGCUUAUCAAAUCUUACAUAACAAUAGUAUUCCAGAUUCGAAUAUUAUUGUUAUGAUGUACGAUGAUAUAGCUCAUAAUCAAGGAAAUCCAACCAAAGGUAUUAUUAUUAAUCAUCCUAAUGGAAACGAUGUUUAUCAUGAUGUACCACAUGACUAUACCGGCAAAAAUGUAACACCGAAGAACUUUAUAAAUGUUCUGAUGGGUAAUAAACAAGCAUUGAAAGGGAUCGGUAGUGGAAAAGUUUUAGAAAGUGGACCCGAUGAUAAUGUUUUUAUCUAUUUUACGGAUCAUGGUGCUGUCGGUCUGGUUGCUUUUCCAAGUGGUGUGCUCUAUGCAAAAGAUUUCAAUGAUACAAUUACAAAAAUGUAUGACCAAAAAAAAUACAAACAAAUGGUCAUUUAUAUUGAAGCAUGUGAAUCAGGUUCAAUGCUUGAGAAUAUUCUUCUGAGUAAUAUUAACGUCUAUGCAACGACAGCAUCGAAUUCAGCCGAGUCAUCAUAUGCGUGCUAUUUUGAUGAAAAGCGACAAACCUAUUUAGGCGAUCUUUAUUCAGUUGUUUGGAUGGAAGAUACAGAUGUUGAAAAAAUCGAUCAAGAAACUUUAUAUCAACAAUAUUUAAUUACACAGAAAAAUACAAAUGCAAGCCAUGUUAUGCAAUAUGGUGAUCUUGUUUUGGGUAAAGCACAUAAUGUUAGUGAAUUUCAGAGUGAAGAAAAUCAAUUAGAUACAUCUCAGCGCACUCCCAAUCAAGCUAAUAACGAUAUUAAUUUACUUCGGUAUGAUGCAGUUCCUACUGAACAUGUUCGUCUUGCUGUAAUAUCUCGACGUUUAGCUAAUCUCCCAGAAAAUUCACUUGAAAAACAAAGUUUAGAACAUGAACUUGCUCAAUUACUUAACGAUCGAGCUGUCAUUACAAAUUCUAUUCAAAAGAUAGCAUCAAUAGCAGUAUCCAACAGUCAUAGUGGCUAUUUGGCAGCUGUGCUAGAAAAACAUAUGGCACUUACACAAUACGAUUGUUAUAAAUCUGUUACACAGCGUAUUCAAGAGAAAUGUUUCGAUCUUCAGAAUGAGUUAGUCCUUAAUAAACUUUAUAUAAUGGCUAAUUUAUGUGAAAUUGGUUUAUAUGAUUUCACUAUUAAUCAAGCUGUCGAUCAAGUAUGCCAAGCACGACUUCGCUUUGAUUAUUAA